AUGAAGAAUUCAAACUUCAUCAUCCUUCUAUCAGUAUAUGUACUUGUUGUACAAGUUCUCAACGUUUCAAAUGCUGAACCCUACGAGUACAUGCAAUUUGUACUCCAGUACCCACCUGGAGUUUGCUAUGACACAUCAAAAGGUUAUUGCAUCUCACCUCUGCCAACCAAGUUCCAUGUACAUGGAAUAUGGCCUUCUAACUUCUCCGAUAUACAUGUCACUUGUGGUCAAGCACUGAAGAAUAAUCCCCUUGAUAACGCGCAGAUGACACCUCUGCAGAUGGAUUUGGUAAACUCAUGGCCGUCCGUGUUAACAACAAAGAGCAAUAUGUGGUUCUGGGAGCAUGAGUACAAGAAACAUGGCGCAUGUACAGUAGAGUCAGGUGUACCACCUUUCACUCAAAAGUCCUACUUUGAGAAAGGACACCAGCUAUGGAACCAAUAUGACAUCCAUUCAGUGCUUGAUCAAAGUGGUAUUAACUAUUAA